UAUGGAUCUGAGUUCCUAACUAAAUUAGAUGAAAUUUAUUAGAGGUCUUGAUUUUCGUAAAAAUUUGAUCGACAAUGGACAUUUAGGACAAGGCAAUAACAUGGUUUAUAAUGUCUCAGUCAAUGGUCAUAUUUAUGCAUUAAAAGUAAACUAUUCCUAUUUACUAAGUAAGUCAUAAUCAAUUAAUGCAACAUUGAAAAUGAAAUCAAAAUUAUGCAAUCAUUAUCACCAUCUCCUUAUGUUAUCAAUCUGAUUGAUUAUAUGAUAUUAGAAACUGUCACUUAAGAUAAAUAUACUCAAAGCUAAUAAUUUGCGUAUUUACUUAUGGAGAAAGGUUAGUAAAAUCUAGAGUAAUAUCUGAAAUAAAGAGAGAAAUAAUAUUUAGAGAUUGAGGAAUUGCAUAAAAUAUUGGAAUAGUUAAUAAAUAUAUUUGAAUAUCUGUAAUAAAAAAACAUAGCUCAUCGUGAUAUAAAAUUAGAAAAUAUUCUCAUAAUGGAAGGAUUUUAACUCAAAGCAUGUGAUGUUGGCUGUAGUUCAAAAGUGGAAACAAUUUCCACCAUAAGUGUUGUCGGAACUAAGUCUUACUUAGCACCUGAAUUAUUGAAUGCUGAAACAAAUAGAUUUAAACACAAUCCUUUUAAAAGUGAUGUUUACUCUCUGGGACUAUGCUUACUUUACUUAGUUACAUUAUAAUUAUGGAAUUCAAGAUAGAAGGUUAAUUCUUAAGUUGAAGAAGAAAUUAUAAAUGAUUAUUUAAAGCAUGUUAAAAGAAUUACUGCUGAUGAUAAUCUUAUUAUAGAUAUCCUUAAAAAGAUGUUGUAAAUAAAUCCUCAUGUUAGACCUGAUUUUAUUGAAUUAAAAUAGAUCUAUUAAUAAUUGAAAGAAUAUUAAAAUCAGUAGAUUCUGUUAUCUAAAGGUACAACCUUUGAAUCAUUUGAAUCACCAAAAAAAUGUCAUACUUAACAAGAUUAUCUUUCUCCUGAUGUUAUAAUAAAUAGAAGCAGAAAUACAGGAUCUAAUUUUUAUAAAGAAGAAAGGUAAAAAUCAAUUAGAAAUUUAUCAUCCAAUUUGAGUAACUCAAAGAAAUAAAAAUCACAAGUCAACCUAUUAAUAGAAUCAUCUAGAAAAUUAUAAAUCACAAAAUCUCCCAAAAAUUCAUCAACUUAGAAUUUACACAUUAAAGAUACGUAAUUUUUUAAUAAACCUCCAACACCUAGUUCUGUUAAAAAUUCUUAAUCCUUCAAAACUAAAUCUUAUUAAGCUUCUGCAUCACCAAAUCAUUUACAAACAAAUUAAUAAUAAAGGCAAUUCUCUAAAUUCCAUCAAUCUGUAAUUGAAAGUAAAUAAAUUCACACUGAAAGCUUUUCUUAAACUAUACAAAUAACACAAUCAAUUAUAUUGACUGAUACAAAACCUUUUAGUGAUUUUCUAUAUUGCAGUUAUGAAGAAUUAAAUAAUUCAUAACAAUUUUAAAACUAUAUUUGCCUAUUUAAUGAAAAAAAAUAACAAUAAAAAAAAUGUUAAUUGCCUAAAAGUUGUAAAUUCUUAAAUUUAAAAAUAAAUAAUUAAACCCCAGAAUUACAUUUAUCUCCAGAAAAUGACAUAUAAAUACUAAUUUUAGAAUUAAUUGAUGAUUCUAAUGAACAAAAUCUUAAUUACAGAUGGUCUGAAAAUCUUGGUUCUAUGAACUUUUAAGCAAUAACUUUACUAGAAAUUAUUGUUAAUACAAAAUAAUCUUAAAUUAAUAAUAUUAUAUAAUUUCUAACAAAAAUUUAGCAUAUUCCUAGAAUAAAGUUAAUAUUUUAAUCUGAAAUAACUGAAUCAGAUCAUAGAACUAUAAUGUGGAAAUUAAGUAGAUAUAAUUGUACUUCACUUGAAUUUAGAAUACCAAAUAUUAAAUUAAGCUUAUCUUAAACAUCUUAAUUAUGGUAAUUUAAUUAAUCUUUGGAAGAACUAUCCUUAGAUUAUGAAAAUUGUGGAAUACAUCAGACUUUUUCAUUUCUUGUUACAUCAUUAAGGACAGUUGUACUUAAAAAGUUAUAUAUCAAUUUAACUAAAUUGUAAUCUAAAAAUUCUGAAAUAAGUUUGUUUCUUGAGUAUUUGGGAUCCAAAUCUUUACUUAAAGAUUUAACCUUAAUUAUGGAUUAAAUUACAAAUUAUGAUAAAAUGGUCUAAGAAAAAUUGAAGAACAAUAUUUCUAAACUUAAAAAUUUAGAAAAAUUAUAAUUAUCACUUGUAGGAAAUAACAUCAAUAUUGAGUUCAUUGAAAAAUUAUUUAAUAUAUUUGAGUAGCUCAAAUAACUUUAAAUUAUAAUCAUUCGAUUUGAUAGAAUAUUUGAAAAAGAAAAAUUCAGAGAAUUAAAAAAGAUAUUUCCUUUCUUAAAUAAGUUUGUCUUAUAAUUUUAUUGUACAAAUAGUACCUUAACAAUCAUUAUGCAUAAUAAUGAGAUUUAAAAAUAGUAGGAUUAUGGAACCACAAAAUGUAAUCAAGGUAUAUAGGUCAAAUUAAGUUAGAUGUAUGAAUGUAUAAAAUGUUCUAAAUCUCAUUAUUUCUUUUUAAAGCGUUAAUUUCAAAUAUGUAGCACAUGUGUAACAUAUUGUCAUUCUAAGUGCAAUAGUGUUAAUAUGAAUAAAAAUGAAGCAAUAACAGUUUGUUCAGAUUCAUUAACAUAAAGUCAAUAUAACAUAAAUACAAUAAAGAAGAAUCAUACUUUUAUUGAAUCAAAUGACACUAAAGAUUUUAAAUGUUAUUGUAAUUUAUUAGGAACUUGUUCUUAAGCAAUUUGUAAUAAAGAUAAAAAUAGAUAUGAAGUUUAGUUUAAGUAUAAUUUUUUUUAUAUUUUUAGAUGCAAAACAUGUAAUAAAAUACUUUGUCGAAUGUGUUCCUUAGAUUGCCAUUCAACUCAUAUUAAUAAAGAAAUGUAUAUAACUAAUUUUAAAUGUGAAUGUGAUUGUGAUAAACAUAUAUGA